CCACUCUACUUUUCUUCUGAUUCAAUUCAAUCAAUACGUUUUAUCAGAAUUUUAUUUACCAUAUUUAUUACAACGGGAAUAAAUAAGAUUUACAACUACUACGUAAACAUUCAUUGUGAUCAAUGUUAGUUAGAACUCAAAUAUUAAACCAUCUCCUGUAUAACAUUACCGAAUUAUUACGAAAAACGUGAUAUUUAUUAAAAAUGAAUUAUGAGACAAACAGACUCAAUACGUUCACAAACUGGCCUGCUUUGGCUCCAGUGGAUCCCAUCAGAAUAGCGAAGGCUGGUUUUUUCUACACUGGCCAAGGAAUGGAAGUGCAAUGUUUUAGUUGUGGUGGUAAAAUUUCCGAGUGGAAUUACGGAGAUCAAGUUAUGUGGCGACAUCGUAGGAUGGAGCCAAAUUGUACGUUUGUUGUGAAUUCACAACUAUCGGGUAAUGUACCGAUGGUAUUAGGCCCUGAAUGUCCUUCGACGGAUGAGCUAGCCAGGUCUUGGUCGACUACAGAUGAUCAAAGUGAUUUAGUUGAAUCUACUGGAGACUAUGGUGUUACUGAAGAAGAUGAAAUGUAUAGGAGCGAAGCUUUGCGACUUCUUUCAUUUAGUCAUUGGGAGGAUGAUUCUGUAUCUCGUGAAGCUCUCGUAAGUGCUGGUUUCUAUCACAUAGGCGGUGGACGUCUACGAUGCGCUUGGUGUGGGGGAGAGUUAGCUCCGUUCAGACGAUUCGGAUCAUUGGGUCGGCCACUUGAAGUCCAUAGAAUGUACUUCCCCCGAUGCGCCCACGCUGCUGCACUUGAAUCGGCACAACAGCCCUUUACUUUACCGACAGUUAUGUCGUCACCGUCAGACACGCCCCCAAUACAGUCACCACCAGAGACAGGCAAUGAUUCACAAUCACAGUCUGCGGGAGCUGCCCACAACGAGCGACUCCUGAACAUGGGCGGUACUUGGCGUACGUUAGGUGUAGUCAGCGGCGGAGCUAGAUACCCUCAAUACGCGUCACUGGCGUCACGACUGGCGACCUUCGACUCUUGGCCAACCGACAAGCAGCAAACGCCUAAAGAUCUAUCAGAAGCAGGAUUCUUUCACACCGGAACUGAUGAUCAGGUUCGCUGUUUCUACUGUGACGGUGGGCUCGGCAAGUGGGAGGCUGGCGACGCGCCGUGGACGGAGCACGCGCGCUGGUUCCCGCACUGCGGGUACGUGCUGCUCCUCAAGGGAAACGAAUUCGUCGAUGAGUGCCGAAACGACAAUAAUCGGAGAAAUAAUUCACGAGAAACUGGUGUUAGUUCGAGACGAAGAAAUCCGGGCGUCAACUACCCGGUGACCGAGAUUGAAGUCGAGGAGUGCAUGGAGAGUCCAAUAACGUUGGCGGCGCUGGGGGCGGGGCUCGACGUCGCGAGGGUGCGCCGAGCUAUCCUGCAACGAUUGAGAUCAACAGGUACACCGUUCCAGACUUCAGAGGCACUGAUUGAUUCCGUACUAGACGCGCAACUAAACGAGGAAGCUUGGAGUACUAAUUCGCAGUCCCAAAGCCUUUCGAGGCAUUUGGCUGAAACGCUCAGAGGAAUGGAUUCAAUACCAGGUAUAGCACCGCAGACGUGGGACAACAACCCGGAUAGAGGCAGAUCGCAAAGAGACGGUGUAUCUCCGUCGCUUACUGAAAUCGAAUCGAGGCGGUCGACCAGCCAACCGCGAACAUUGCCACCGCGCAGGAACGUAUCUGUUAUCGAUGACGACAGAACUGAGCCUUUGCAUAAAGAGGAAAGCUUAACGUUGGAAGAAGAGAAUAGGCAGCUCAGAGAGGCAAGGCUGUGCAAAGUUUGUAUGGAUAACGAGGUGAGCGUGGUGUUCCUGCCGUGCGGGCACCUGGUGUCGUGCGCGGGGUGCGGCGCGGCGCUGAGCGCGUGCCCGCUGUGCCGCGGCGCCGUGCGCGCGCUCGUGCGGGCCUACCUCGCCUGACACGGUCAAACCAUCACGCUACCAGUGGACCGGCAUCGCAACUAGUGACUGUAACAGUGAAACGUAUUGUUUCUUUUUACGUGAUUUAAGUGAAAAUUAAUUAUAAAUUAUUUAUCAUGUGAGUAUAAUUUGUUCUGUCUUUAUAUGUUGCUACUAUAACAAUACGAAUGAAAGGAAAAAAAAUGUAAAUCGGGAAAGUAAUCUUUUGAAAUUCACCAUUUAAUUAUUAAUUGACGCUGGAAACGGAAUAAUGAUGAUAAAAGGUAAAGCCUUCUUUAAAAUAAUUUUAAUAGUCUCAAGUGAAUGAAAAAACAUUAGAUUGUUUAUGAAAUUUUACUCUUUGUCCGUUACGUGACAGAAUCCCUCGAACGCCUACGCGUUGAUUAAAAUCGAACAAUUAAUAAAAUUUAUUAAAGAGAUUUCGUCUCAUUUAUUUUAAUGCUUAAUAAAUUUAUGAUUGUGCAUUUACUGCAUGAUAUAAUUAUUUCUAAUCAUUGGAUACGAAUUAGAGCGAUGAACCGUAUAUUAUAAAUGUUUGAAUUAGUGAUGAAAAAAAAAUUUACGAAGAAUUAGAUGAUCGUGGCACAACCCUUAUAACUAGCGUUGCCAGAUUUUUUUUAGCCCAUAAUGGGCCAAUGCUUAAAUAGGCAAAAAACUACGGGAUAUUAGUUUUUUACCCGGGUAAAAAAAAACUAAAUUAUAUAGUGACAUUUUUUUUUUAUUAUAUUUCUCCGAGGAGCAAGUCAGUUUUAGCAUAUUUUUAUCGGUUUUAACAUAUUUAUAAAAAUCAAUACAAUUAUAACCAUACGGUUCAAAUACAGGACAGAGUCAGUCGCGCCGGGACAUUUUGAAUUAAGCCUAAAAUACGGGACGUCUAGGGAAAUGUGGGACGUCUGGCAACCCUACUUAUAACCCAAGUACACUUUCUGUAGAAUUAACAUAAGUCUGUUUAUUUUUUAGAAAAAUAGAUAAGUAGAGAAAAUCACUGUCAACAUAAUAUCUCUGUAUGUAUCUGUGUAUAUUUCAAUGCAAAGAAUCAAAUCUAAAAAUCCGUUCUAAUAAGAAUUUUAACUACGCAUGCAACUAUAUAGUAUGUAUUAUUUACGUAAUAAUUAAUUGAGUUUACUUAAAGUAAAUCAUUUAAAUUUUGGUGUUGUUUAAAUCUUAUCAUUUAAUUUGGAAAACUAAUUGUAUAUUAAAGAAAUACGUAAACAAAUAUAUUUAGUGAGUAUAUUCAAACAUUAUUGAAAUAGGAAAUUAUCUAUUUAACGUUUGAAAUUAAAAGUUACGAACAUUAGAGAAUAGAAAAGAAAAAAUGUUUUGAAUAUUAAAUAUUUGUAGACAUUUCGCUUAGCAUUCAAUUUUACUCGUCUAGUACUAGAAUUCAAACUGUGGGCUGAGUAGUACUUACAAACUCUAGUCUCAACGUCACAUGUUAUAGAUAAUUUAUUAUGGAAUUAAAGAUAAAUCGUUAGUUCCACGUCGAGACAUUGACAUUCACUCAGACAGAGAGCAGUCUGACAAUUGAAGACAUGAGUGGAUGACGGGGAUAUGAUACAAAUUGUUAAUUUUGAGAGAACGGGUAACAAACUUUUGUUACUUGUACUUUUUCUUCGUACAU